AUGUUGAGCUCGCGCGUCGUCUUCCACGACUGGCAACAGAAGUUCUUCCUCCAUAUAGAUGUGUGGAGUGAGGCCUGCUCCUCAGGACUGGUACCGUCCAGUACAGGGCUGUGUAAAGAGUCACUGGCACAGCACAAGGCCCUGCAGGAGAGAUACCAGCUCAUGUACAACACCACUCGUACUGAGGGACACAGACUCAUCGAGAAACUCAAGAAACCUGUUGGAGAAAGCAGUGUUCCGGCCAAGUUUGUGAUGGGUUCUCGUCACGUGAAGGAGACUCUGGAGAACCUGUUUGACGAGUCAACUGGUUGGGAGAGCAGUGGUCUCGCAGGAACGCCACUCUCCAGCGAGCCCUCACCUACAACCUCUUCCUGGACGAAACCAAAAAGGUGUAUUCGUGGCUGGGGGAGAGGGGCUGGGUGUUCCUGGUCUCCAAUGCCUACCUCGGAGGUAACACCAGUGGAGCUCAGGCUCUCAUUCAGCAACACGACACCUUUGAGACUGAGGCAAAGGAGAUCUACAGUACCAGUCUCCAGCUAUUUGAGCGAGCUCGUCAGCUGGCUGCCAACGGGGAGUGCGAGAGGGAGCUGCUGGAGGGGGAGUCACGGAAGCUAGAGGUGGCCGUCCACACGUUUGCUGCGGUGCUGGACGAGAGGAGAGACCUCCUGGUCCAGGCCUGCACCUUCUACUGCAGCCA